UUUAAAUUUUGGAUUGGUUCAGGAAAAUGAAUUCUAUGACGCUGUUGUAAAACCACCUCUGAUUGGGCCGAUCCAAAGGCGGUGAUAACAAGCCGGAGAGGGUCAGAAGCAGGAAAGCUACCUCAUUCUACAGAAAGAUGGGCAAAGGGUUAAACCAGAAAAGCUGCCUCGUUUUACAAAAAGACUGCAAAGACCCCAUGGCAGACACAAAAGAGGGAAAUAAAACGUCCAUUACUGGAUUCAUCCUCCUGGGCUUUGGGAAUCUCCAUGAACUUCAAAUUUUUCUCUUCCUGCUGUUUGUAGUGAUCUGCAUUGUGACUGUGGCUGGUAACAUCCUCUUCAUUGCGCUAGUUGUGGCUGAUCAGCACCUUCACAUCCCCAUGUAUUUCUUCCUGGGGAACUUGUCCUGCCUGGAGACCUGCUACAGCUCCACCAUCCUGCCCAGGUUGCUGGCUAGUCUCCUGACGGAGGACAGAACCAUCUCUGUUAGUGACUGCCUCAUACAGUUUGAUAUCUUUGGUUCUCUGUAAGCUAGAGAAUGUUGCCUCUUAUCGAUGAUGUCUUACGAUCGGUAUUUAGCCAUAUGCAAACCUCUGUGUUAUGCAGCCCACAUGAUGAGAAGGUUUUCCUUCCAGCUAGCAGGUGAGUCUUGGCUAAGUGGGUCUGUGGUCAACACCAUUGUGGUAUGUUGGUUAUCACAAUUGAUUUUCUGCAGCUCCAAUGAAAUCGACAAUUUCCUUUGUGAUUACACCCCAUUAAUAAAACUGUCCUGCAGUGACACUA